AUGGAAUCAUUUCUGGCACUUUUUGACACUGAGGACGUAAAGUCCAAAAAAUGGGACAAGUAUAACGGAAACACUGACGUAGAAAGUAUGAAAACCGAAGAUGACUUAGACUUGGACUGUCUGCCUCCAGAACCCGAGCAGGUGCUCCGCGAGCGCUCUGCCGGGCCUCAAUCAAAGGUCUCACCUCCCCCGGAGCGGCGAGUCGCAGAAGUGAUAGUAAAAAAGCUUCGCAAAGGCGACAGAGAGGGCCAGGACAUUACUGACCUUCGUUUGGCAGUCGUAGGCUCUCAAGACGCGGGAAAGUCAACGCUUUUAGGAGUUUUGACCCAAGGAGAGCUUGACAACGGGCGCGGAAGGGCAAGACUUAACAUGCUGCGCCAUCUACACGAGAUUCGCAGCGGCAGAACUUCCUCUAUCUCCCACGAGAUCAUCGGCUUCGCUCAAGACGGCCAUGUGUUAAAUUACGCGGAAAUGACAACUGCGGAGGAAAUUUGCGAGCAUGCUAGCAAAGUCGUGACCUUCAUUGACCUAGCGGGGCACCGGAAGUACCUCAGGACAACGCUAUUGGGUCUGAUGGGGUACUCUCCUCAUCAUGUGAUGCUUGUAGUAGCUCCGCCCCUUAAUGAAGCCGCGCAAGAGCACAUGGCGCUGUGUCUCGCUUUAAGGUUGCCGUUUUUUAUCGUUGUUACUAAAAUCGACCUUGGGUUCUCCGAACGGCUGACCUUGGAACAGCUAGAGGGCGCUGUCAGGGCUCAGGGGUGUACUAUGCCUCUGCAAGUGGUGAAAAAUACUGGGAACUUCAGGAAUGAGAGGUGGGAGGGGAAAAUUCCCGUGUUUUGUGUCAGCAGUGUCUCUGGAGUGGGACUGGAGGAUCUGACGAUGUUUAUUAGGGACCUGCCUGCGGAACCUUCGGAUCUGGAGACGGAGACUGGAACUUGCUUGUUUCAAAUCGACGAGACUUUUAAGGUGGCGGGUCUACCUGAUCCAGUUCUCGGAGGUCUAAUGGUAAAAGGCAGCAUCGCUCCAGGAUCUCGGCUUCUAGUCGGGCCGCUACCUGACGGUGAGUUCUCGCACGUCCGCGUGGUGAGCCUGCACCGGAACAAAGCUCCCUGCUGCCUAGUAAGAGCCUCGCAGAGCGCGAGUCUCACUCUAGAGGGCCUGGAAGACGCUCUACCACAUCUCAGGCCCGGAAUGGUUCUCGUUUCAAGCGCGGACCAGCCCCACGCUACUGUCUUCUUUCAGGCGACAGUUUUCGUGGUUUAUCACGCAAAAGGAAUUUUCCCGGGUUUUCAAGCGACAGUCCACGUCGGUAAUGUCCGACAAACUUGUGUAAUGGAGGGAAUCAUGGACGUGAAAGAAGACGGGCUCCAAACAAAUGACACCGCCUCGGUGCUGUUCCGGUUCGUGAGCCACCCGGAGUACCUCCACGUCGGGAUGCGGCUCCUCUUUCGCGAGGGCAAGACCAAGGGGAUCGGUAAAAUCACUCAGGUAUUUCCGCUCAUUGGAUCUCAGAAUCGACCUUAA